AUGAUCGAAGAAAUAAUCCAGAAAGUUUCCCUGGGCGGUGGAAUCGUGUGGUCCAUCGUUGCUCUUGUCGUCCUCUACGUGGGAUAUGAUCUCUAUACAGAUUAUAAGGUCUCGAGAUUGGGAGCAUUUGCUCCUCGUAUAAAGACUUACCUGCCAGUUAGCGCCGAUUUCAUUGUCAAGGCAGUUGAGGCAGCAAAGAAACAUAAGGACCUUGAAUUCUGGAACUCUAUGCUUUUGACCACUCCGUCGCCUUGGAAUGGCCCGUCAGCAACCAUUGAACUGAAAGUUCGCCCGUACGCCCGCAACAUCUUCACUGCCGAUCCAGAAAACAUCAAAGCUGUUUUAACAAGUCAAUUCAACGACUAUGGGAAGGGUUGGCGUUUUCAUAAAGAGUGGAAAGACUUUCUGGGAGACAGCAUCUUCGCCACGGAUGGAGAGCUGUGGUCACGAUCUCGACAUCUCAUUCGCCCAAUGUUUGCAAAGGAGAGAUUUGUCGACACUGAAAUCUUUGAGAAGCACAUUGAAAAGCUGAUCCCCUUGCUGGCUGCAAAUGCAGACGGCGGGGGUAUUGUAGACGUCGCACCGUUAUUUUUUAGGUUCACCCUUGAUGCUGCAACAGAUUAUCUUCUCGGAAAGAGCGUUGACAGCUUGGAUGAUCCAAAGACUGUCUUUGCGGAAUCCUUUCAAUAUGUUUUACACAGGCAGUCUGUCCUUUUCAGAGCUGGGCCCCUACGAAAGUUCCUUUCAGAACGAGAAUUCAAGAUCAAUAUCCGAAAAAUGAACGAAUUCCUCCAGCAGUUUAUCGACCAGGUCUUGGCUCUAACCCCCGAGGAACUAGACAGCCGACUUUCCAAGCAGGAUACGUUCCUCCAUGCUCUCGCCAGGUUCACUCGUGACCCCGUUGUCCUCCGUGACCAACUUGUAGCCAUACUCCUUGCUGGCCGCGAUACCACUGCCGCUACCCUUGCGUUCGCCAUGUUCGAACUCUCCCGCCACCCAGAGACUGUGAAAAAGGCACGAGCGGAAAUUGCCGCAACAUGCGGUACCAAUAAGCCGACCUACGCGGAUUUGAAGGCGAUGAAGUACAUCAACGCCAUUAUCAACGAGGUCAUGCGCCUGUAUCCAGUUGUGCCCUUUAAUGUCCGCCACGCUGUCGUCGACACGACGCUACCUCGUGGUGGCGGGCCAGAUGGGAAAUCUCCCAUCGGUGUCCCGAAAGAUACUCGCAUCCUCUACUCGACUAUGUCCAUGCAGCGAAGGCGAGAUCUUUAUGACCCACCGCCAACCGCAACCUCCUCACCAGAAGAAAAAGCCAAACCUUGGUACGACCCUCUUGAAUUCCACGCCGAACGCUGGACUUCCGGCUGGCAGCCUAAGCCAUGGCACUUUAUUCCUUUCAACGGCGGCCCAAGAAUUUGCCUUGGUCAACAAUUCGCUACAAUCGAAAUGGGAUACACAAUCACUCGAAUUUUGCAGCACUACUCUGAGGUAACGGGCAUUGGGUGCCCGCCACCAGGAACGGAUCCAGCCUUGAGGAUUGAUGUGACACUCUCCCCAGGUCAAGAAUUUAACUGUGUUUUCCGCCGUGAGGGGGCCUAA